UAGUGCAGUGCGGCGCGCUAAGUAAGAAGGCUGUGGUGAUAGAUGUUUUUUAAAAGUUGAUGGCAGUAGGGAAAUUUGACAACAUAUUUCAACAUUAUGACAGUUCAUCCCAAUGUUUCGAGAAACUGUUUUUUCAGCUGACCAAUAGACACAAAACAAAAUUAAAUGGCAACACCUAACCUGUUCGGAGAAACUUCAGAUUGGAGAAAAAGUAUCCUGUCACAACUGCAAAACAGAAACAGACAAGAAUGUCAGCCCUUUAAUGACCUCAUAGCCCUCCAUAAUCGCCUUUUUGAAAGUGCGGCAGCAUUACGAACUGAAAAUCGUGAAUUAUUCGUUGAAAAUGAGACCUUACGGCGACAAUCCCUCGAAAGACUACCGAGAAAUAGUUUGUCUGAUGGAAAGCCCAAUGACAGAGUGCAGGCCCUGGAACAAAAGCUACUCAUGCAGCAAGAGGAACUUACAGAACUACACCGUCGAAAGGGGGAAAAUGCGCAACAGAUAAUAGAUCUAAACAAGAAACUCCAGGAGAAGGAAAAACAGCUCAAUGCCUUAGAAAUCAGCUUAAAAGACAGCUUAACUGUAAGUAGCACACUGCGUUUAGAUAUACAGUUAUAUCAAAACAAAAUAAAGGAGUUGGAAAAUUUGCUGCAAUUAUUGCGAGAUGAACAUCAAGCUUUGCAGCUUACUUGUGCAUCCCUGGAAGAGAAGCUCCGAAAGACGCAGGAGGAGAACAAUACCCUUGUUGAAAGACUUAUUAGGUAUAAAUCAAAAGAUGCAGAGAAAAUGAAUGAAGAAAAUGAGAAUUUUGUCAGUGCACGUGCCAUUAGCCCAACUGCCUUUCUGAUACAAUCUCUCAAAUUCUUUGGGAAAAGACAAGCUAAACUGCAGAAAGAAUUAGAGGAAGCAGCAAAAGACACAAGACCAACUUCCCCUGAUAAACUUGGAGAGGGAGCUGCAACAGUUUUAGAAAAUACUUUGCCAACAAAACUAUCUACUAAAAUAGAUGCUCAUGAAGGAGAGGUCCACGCAGUAAAAUGGAGUCCUGUUGACAGAAUUGUUGCAACUGGUGGAGCAGACCGCAAAGUAAAGCUCUGGGAUGUAUCCAAAGGCUCAUCAACUGUUCGAGAACAGGAGUUAUAAUAUCUGUUCACUUUCAUCGCACAUAUACAUGUCUGGUCAUCUGUGGGUCUAAGUUUUUGCAUAUAAUUUUUCCUAUAGAAAGAGAAAUUAAUUUUGCUAUAUGUGGGAUGUGGAAGAAAGGAUUCAUGUACCAGAAGUUUGACUGAUAUUGAAUAUCACAUUUAUUAAUAUAAAUUUUGUAUGUUCGGUUAUUGGUUAUCAGGUAGUUUGUAAGCCUGUAAUCUGUUGCAAAAAGAAAUGACACUGCUGAGGAGAACUUUUUUUUUACUAUUUAUUUAUUUAUUUAUUUCUAAUUUACAAAGCUUGAGAGACUUAAAAGCUGAGCACUUUCCUCUCGGCAAAUACAUGACAUAAAAAUUAGAUCACUCACGCUAUAAUUAGGCUGCUUAGUGUAUUUAACAUGUCCUCUUGUGUGUAAAUAAAGCAAAGUUUUUUUCUUAAUUGAAAUGUGGUAUUAGUUAUGUUUAUCAAAAAUACUGUUUGUUCAUGAACUUUGUUGUUGGGCUGUUUGGGUAAAUGUGUGUGAUGUUACUGUGCUUUUGCCUUUCUGUGUUUAUGUGGUAGUGGGAAUGUACUACUGGAACAUUAUGAAUCAAAUGGAAAGCAUUUCAUGACAUGUCUCUUCAAUUGGAAGUUUGGUGAUUUGUCUCGAAAUUGUCUUUGUCUUCCAUAUGUCAGUCAGAGACUUCAGAAUGCAAUCACUCCAGUUGUGAAAAUAAUUAUUUUCUAUUGUUGUAAGUAUUUUUUAAAAUUUUUGUAAUACACAUACUAAUGGAGUUCCUGUGUCAACUAACUGUGUUCGUGUAUUUCAUAAAAAAACUAAAAAGUUUGCGUGACAAAGAAAACAUAUUUUUGUACCAGCUAUGAAUAUUUUUAAGAAUAAAGCUUUUACGGCAA